GUCAGCCGGUGGAAGUGACGCAGACGGGUCUCGGCGAUCGCAGUAGGACACGUAUAAAUACUGCAGCCAGCGGUCCAGCAAAGGCCAACUUCCGCUGUAGCGGCUCAGCGGUGUCUCAGCACAGUCAGCAGGUCGGCAGACGCACGGACGACAUGGACGGCGGCUCGCGCGCACGGCGUCUCUGGGAUGGAGCGCGCCGCCUGCCGCGCGGCGGUGUCAUCGCCGUGGCCGCUGGAUUCCUGCUUCACCUCUCGCUGGGCAUCAUGUACACAUACGGCAACCUCACCACCUACCUGACGUCCUACCUGCACGUCCGGCUCGGCCUGUCGGUGGACUACGGCGACACUAUGUGGAUCGGGGCCGUGCAGAGUAUCUGUCAGGGUCCGGGAGUUCUGCUGGGAAGUGUCUGCUGUCGCCGAUUCGGGCCUCGUCUGACGAUCCUUGCUGGAAGUGUGCUCUGCUCGGUCGGAAUGGCGCUCACAUGCCUAACCGUACAGACGUCGUUUGCCACCACGACGCUGUCGUAUGGCUUGAUGAGUGGGGUCGGUAUCGGCCUGGCUUACACAUCGCCACUGAUGGUUGGUUACCAGUGGUUCCCGCACAACCGCGGCGUGGUCAGCGGUGUGGUGGUCGGGGGUUACGGCCUCGGCAGUAUCAUCCUCACCUCAGUGCAGACCAGCUACCUGAACCCAGAGAACGUCUCGCCAGAGGACGACGGCUUCUUCCACGACGAUGCGCUGCUGGACCGUGUGCCGUCGUUGUUCCUGAUACAGGGUGCGAUUUGUGCUGCUCUGCAGUUGUGUGGAGUGCUGGGCGUGCGUCGUCCGCCACCAGGACAUGGUGAAAAACUGUCCGAGGAGACUGAAGUGAAAAGCGACGCACCGGGAGCUAAAGAUGCCGGCGAUAGCUUGCCAGAAAAGCUAGGCAUCGCGGAAGACCCCGAAGAAGACGAUCCCAAAGCAUGGAGGAAACAUCUACUAACCAUUCAAACCCUCCAACUCUUACUCGGCUUCGUAAUGAACGCUUACGGUAUGGGCACUGUGAACUCGUUCUGGAAGGCCUUUGGACAAACGUUCAUCAAGGACGACCACUUCCUGGCGAUGGUGGGCAUCGGCUCUUCUGUAUUCAACAUGCUCGGACGCAUGGUGUGGGGCCUCGUGUGUGACGCCUGGGGCUACAAGCCAACAAUGGUAGCCAUCACCGGUCUCCUGGGCGCCCUCCUCUUCACCUUCCCCUCAACGUCACUGGCCAGCCAAGGGAUGUUCCUUGUCUGGAUGUGGUCCAUCUUUUUCUGCGUAUCGGGCACCUUCUCUGUGGUUGUGACGGGCACCGCGGCGACGUUCGGCUCCCAGCACGCGGGACACAUCUACGGUGUCAUCUUUCUCACCUCCGCGCUGUGCUCGCCGCUGGUUUCGUACGCCGCCGAAGUUGUGCUCGAGCAGUGGGGGUUUGCCGAGGUGUAUCUGGUCGGUGGAAGCUUGGUCUGCAUUGGCCUUGCUGCGACACUCACAUUCAAGUCUCGCGGGAACGUGAAAGACGAACCUCCGGCUGCCGAAGCGGAGGUAUCGGCCUUAUAGUGCUCAAUGAAAACAAUGUAAUAGGUAAUGUUUCUACACAAGACUGGUUUACAAGCGACUGAACACAGUGUGAGCAAAAUGAAAUAUUCUAGCUGG